CUAUGGUGCCUGGCCGUCGAGGACGAUGGGGGCGAUGGGGCCGAGGACGAGACGCCCUUUGGCGGCCGUCAGGGGGAAUCGCCGUGCGAAUGGCGCGUCAUUGGCCACACCUGCUGCCGGCGCCUCGGUGGUAGCGAUGGUGAUGCGGACUGCACGCAAACGAUAGCAGAUGAUCGGACACCACGACGGCAUGGGGGUGUUGUCGAGUUGCUCUUUCUUUACGUGUAUGCGCACCGUUCGGGUCGGUGUAGGGAAUGAAAAAGGCAAUGUAUGCGAUGAAUGCGUCGGCUGAUGAUGUCAGCACCUGAGCCUGCAGACACACCCCACUAAUCGUGUCCAUGCGAUAAAUGGGUCGCCCGACGUCGUCAGCACAUGCACCUGCGCACAGGUCCCAUCGGCCCGCUCCCAUGCCGUCACGUGUGAGCACGCGUCGAGGGGCGUGUGAGGCGAUUGGGUCAUGAUGCGGUCCAGAUAACCUCCACGCACACCCCUGACACACACAUAUCCACGUUAUGAAACAGACCACGAGCGACCUGCCAUCUUCAUCCGUCCACUUACCGGUCUACUGGCAUUGGUGGUGACUGGAACAAGUCGCCAAAUGCGUCACUCCGGUGAGUCAGCAGCAGCCUCUUCAGCAGGGAACUCGCCGAUGCGGAAAAGCCCCCGGCGUUUCCACCCCCCGUCCAGCCCACACCAUGAGCCCACCAAAUGCGGCUGCGGACGGGCGGGUCGUGCGGCCUGGCGUCCUGCUGGAAGGGGUGGCGGGAGAAGGGAUGGACAGGGCGGGUGGGCUGGGGGAGGGGCGGGUUGAGAGUGAUGGCGAAGCCGGGUUGGUUGUGGAUGGCGCGAAUUUCAUUGUUGUAGCGGAAGAGCUGGAGUGUGCCGUCUUGCUGGCCGUUGGGGCGGCGGAAGGCCACAUGGCGGCCGACGAGCAUCCACUGCGCACAGAACCGGGGCAGCGACGAGUACUCCUGCAUUCAAGACACACACACACACAAAGCCAUUCACUCAUUGCCACACUCACAGUGCCUCUUCUCAUGUGCGUCGUGCUUACCGCCUUGGUGGCGUGUGUCUGCAGAUCUCCGGCACCCACAGUGAUGGGCAGCUGGCAAUAGCCGAGAUGCUCAGCGAGGCUGAGAGUGUCCGCCACCUCCCCCCAGCCGCCCUCGCCCCCCUCCUCCAUCAGCCACAUGGCCUUCAUCACAUCGCCGUGGCUCAGCUGAUCGUCGGACUGCACCACACCGCCCACCCCCGCCCACUCGAUUGCCUUCCGCAGCCAAAUAUUGAGGAAGAUGGGCCGCAGGGCGUUUCUGAAGUGGCGGGCUGUCGCCUUGAGUCGGUCAACGGUCGUGAGGUCAGAGAGUGCCAGGACGAUACUAAUGGGUCCCGCGGGAAUGUCAGAUACGUGCCACCGCCGACCCUGAUGACACACAGAAAGACACACACGGAGCUGUGUGUGUGUGUGUGGUCUCCCUUUCACCUGGUGCGGGUGUGUGUUGUGAGUGCGAUGGUCGAGUCGAUGUUGUCCGCCAGCUGGGCCAGACGGGCCGAUUCAGCAGAGAGUUGACGAGUGACAUUGGCCACCAUCUGAUCAAUGAAUGAAUCAGAGCACACGUGAGACCAUGGCACAGUUGCCUGGUGUUCUGCCAGUCUGGCCACACCAGUGGUGUGAUCGCAGAGGUGUCCACCUGAGAGAAUCGGCCGAUGCCGUUGUUGACCUGCACACCACAGCAGACAACAACACAAAGCAACCGAACAAUGUACAUUGAACGGAGUGAGUGUCGAUUGAUUACCUACCCUCGCCUGAUUGGUCUGAUAGGCCUGAAUCUGUGCCAACAGCUGAUCCCGCAUCGCUGCCGUUGACAUCUGCAGCAGACGUCACAUGGCAAACAACAACACAAUCAGAGAUCUACGUGCUUUUCCUGGCUCCUCUUCUCUCACCUGAGCAGCGCUGGCAGCCAU